CUUCUUUUGUUUCCACUGAGCUAGUUUAAACUGGACACUUGUUUCUGGUUCCGGUUUUUGUCUUUUAGGGCAAAGUUUUGAAUUCAAGUUUCAGUUGUGAUCAACAUUUCUUUGUGAGUCUUUUGUGUUCUUCUUUGCUUCAAGUUCAUUUUUUUGUCAAGUCUUUUCACAUUGACUCUUUGAAAACCAUUUUAUUCAAGCUUUUUUUCAAUGGAUCAUCCAAUGAGAGAUAUUGAAGAUGAUAUUUCAGAUAAAGUUACCAUAAAGGUUAAGGUUGCAAACGAGGGAUAUCAUGAUCUAGUAAUAGAUUGGUCGAGUGGUGAAAGCAAGAGAAAACAAGUUUUUGACCAGCUUUCGACGAUAAUUGGUAUUCCUACACGCUACAUCAACGGGGCUUACAUGUAUUUAGGAGUAGAUGAUUGUAUUGUAGUUGAAAAUUAUGAAUGUAGGAAAUUCAACCCUGAAAUGUCCGAUGACGAUUGUGAAGAGCGCACUGAGCCGGUAUUUUUGAGAAGAUUGAAUGAUGGUGACUGUUUCGCAGCAUGUAUUAGAAUAAUUUUCUCUAGAAAUUUUGUUGAAGUAACGGUAUAUUUGUAUAUUCGUGGUCUGUUUAAUGAUAAUUAUUGUACAACACACUAUUGUACCUCUAAAAAUAGAGCUUUUAUAAAUAGACAGGCAGCAAUUGCUUCAAACUCUGAGUUGAGGAUGAAAAUACAAUCAAAGUUUGCAGAGAUACCUAGAGAAAUACACCCGAAUAUGGAAAUUAUUUUGCGAAUCGAAAUCUUGAGAGAUUUCAACAUCCUACCGUUCAUUGACGCGUCAUGGUGUCACCUGCACUAUUUGUAUAUUGGAUUUAUCAAUCCUUAUUUACGAACUCGUGGUUAACUUUUAUGCGAAGUCUAAACUAAACAGCAAGAUAUAAGAUCCUUUGAAUCUUGAGUUUGAAACCAAUAAAUGUUUGAUUAACCUUGAGUUUGAGACCUUUAUUUUUUAUUAUUGAAAACUGUUCUCUUAAAAACUCUUAGAUCACAUAAUUUACAAUCAUGGUAAAAAUCGUGCGAAACUUCCAUCGUAUAAUAAAUAUUAAGAAAAUUUUUUGAGACUCAAUCAGAAAGAAAUAGCCAAGAACAAGGAUUUGAGGAAGUUGAAAUACAAUCUGACCAAGUAGUUGAAAGAUACUGAACGAGAUCAUGAGAAAUACCAGGAAUAAUGAGCAAAUCCUUCGUUGUUUUGUCAAUUUGCACUUCUUUCUUUCUUUUCCGAUUUUCGAUAAAAAUGUAGUCGCUAAUUUCAU